AUGACCUGGUUACCUGUCUCUCUACUUGCUGUCAUUCAAUCCUUCUUGUUGCUUGCCGAGGCUCAACAAAAGCUCUCCUUGGAUACCGCCGCCGACUUGAACACGAAUAACCUCCCUAGCCCUCCGACACUCAGUGUACCUUCGAACGGGAACCCAUUGACAGUCUCUGUUGCGCUAUGUGCUACGUCAAGUGACCCUCCGCGAUUCUUCGUGACAAACGAUACGACAAUACCUCAGCCCAGCGUGUCCGAUGUUGACAACGUGAACACGUACGAGAUUGUGGUGGGCCCGGAGGGUUUUGGGAGCAAGCAACUUGUCUUCAUCAAUGGUGGGAUUGUAUCAGUUGUGAAGGGAAGUACGGCAACGCCAUUUGAGGUGUUCAUCUCCACAAACAACGCAACCUCUGAGAUAUCAAAUCCGCUCCUGGGGGACACAACCUCCAAUCAAGCCCUUAUAUUCUCUCCAGCCUUUGAUCCGCCGACAUUUCAGCAACCCGGCUUCCCCAAUUACACCCUCCCCGCCGCCAACUUGUCCAUACCUCCAGAGCCUUCAUCCCCCACCAAUUACACCUUAGUCUUCGCGCCAACCUCUUCAGCGCCGUUCCAGGGUCUGCCACGAACGAGCUGUGCGAUCAAAUCAAGGUCGACUGCUAAAGGCGUAAUCACCCUAUCUUCUGUCCAAAGCGACGGUCUUUGGCUUCGGGAUAUGAAUGGUUGGCGGUGGGAAUGGUUCUUGGGCGGUCUUACCGCUAAAACGAACUAUACGGCGUAUACGCUGCAGCAGGGACAACUGGCAGCGUCCAAGCCGAUCAACUUUGUGACCAAGUCGCCCACCUUCAACUGCCCUCUCCUUCAUCAGCUUCCCUUCUGCCCAUCCAUAUCCUACGCUGUGCCCCUCACACCACCGCAACCACCCUCUUCAGCGCACACGGCGUCCACAAUUCCCUCCAACGUCUCCGACACCAUCAUCUCCUACCUCUCGAAUCUCACCACCACGCUCACCACUCUCGCUUGCGGCCGCGACCACUACAGCCCGCUCGUGACCUGCGCCGACUGCCAGGCGGCGUACCGCACCUGGCUCUGCACCGUCUCCUUCCCUCGCUGUACCGAGUCUCCCGAGAACUCUACCACCUCUGGCAUCACGACGGUGAGCGGCUCCAGCACGCAGGGCCCGCAGGUGCCUCUGCCCGCCAUCAAGUCUGUGCAGGCGAACGCGACCCCGCGCAACCCCACGCUUCCGCCGUUCAACUCGGACUACGAGACGCUCCUGCCGUGUCUGGAGACAUGCAACGCUGCGGACCGCGCGUGCCCUGCGUUCCUGGGCUUCAAGUGCCCACUGCCGAAAUUCACGGCGUCGAACAGCUACGGGGUCGGCUUUGUGGAUAGCACUGAGGACGGCGUCAUGGGCGGGGGCACUACCGGAGUUGCGCAGGACGUCUAUGGGAACGUGUUCUGCAAUGGUAGUUGAGACAUCGGAUUCACAGCCGCGCUUGAGCUUUUGCAUACAUAACUUAUUGACUUUCGGGACUAAUCUCGGACUUUGUGUCGGUUCUUUGCGCAGUGUUACGAUAGAUCCGUUCGAGAUAGAAUGGG